AUGUUCUACAACACGUCUCCCCAAAAAAUAGACCGCCCUCCACCUGUUUAUACGGUUUCUGUUAUGGAGUCCCCGAAACGGAUCAACGCUCGAUCACUGAAAUCAAACGAUAUAAAACUGGAAUGGAUUCCUUAUACGAGAGCGAAUGCUAUAACCUACGCGAUUGUGGCGAUAAUUUCCCUGAUCUACAAUGGGACCUGCUUUGUGCACAAUUUCGGACGAAUGCCUUUGCAGAAGGUUGGAAUCCUCGACGAUAUGUUCGGAGAAGAAGCACUGCUAUACACAGUAGUCAUGCAAUGGAUACUAAUAUUCGCUAUAUUCGCCGUAGGAAUCGCUCUGGAACGUUCGAUUCCACAACCGAUGCAUAUUUUUCUAUCGAUGUUGGCAACUUACGGUAACAUGGUGCUGUUUGCGAUAAACGUUAGGAAGGUAUACGAUGGGAUUAUAAAAGCCGACGCUGAAUAUUUCAUCUUCAUCACUCUGCUGUUUCAUUUAUCUACUGCCCUUUGUGUAUGCUACAUUGUCGCCUUAAGUUACUACAUGAAACAAAAAAGGUUGUAUUGUUCCGACAUCUUAUCGAGUACCGCUCUUCACGCGAGGAAAAGGAAAGAAAAAGAACAUUUAAUGGCUGAGUACUCGAUACCGUUAGAAAUUACAGGACUACUGUGA